GCGGUUGACAACGUUGGAUACCGAAGAUUUUCUAAGUCUACAUGAAAAUGUCUUCAACAGUGUUUUACACUCUGCUGACCAUACAUUUCUUUGUGAGCUAUGGUAUAAAAAUAGACAUGAAGAGAGAAUUAUUUUACCAGGGGAGGGAACUGUUUUGUGCACAACUCCAGUGUACAGAAAACAUAAGAGAAGACACUCAGAUAUCAGCUCUGGUCAACAUGUCAGUCUAUGUGAUCAACGAACCAGGGGACAAGCUAAUGUUGGCGUCUGUUUCAGGAUCAGAUUCAAAGGCUCGAGAUUACAAAGUGCCUGGGGUUUUUGUGGACGGGAAUAUAUCCCAUCAUGGCGGGGAGCUGCAGUUGUUUUUGUCCAAUGAUUCCGCUUGCCAUGAUAAAACUUUGAAAUGUGAAAUAUACUUCACGUAUAAGAAAGGACAGAUUGGGUUCGCAGAAGAAGAGACUGCACCAUUACAAAAAGAGAACAUGCGGAAAUCAGAUUUGAUGAUGAGUUUAAAAGCUAAAACUGUAAACUAUGUUAAAACUGUGGACACUAUGGCCGCUUUUCUGAAAGCCUUUGAAGAUCCAGAUAAACUUAAGGGAGCUGACAUGUCAAUGUCAUUACAGAUGUCACAUUUAAGUAGAGAUGACAGCGGUUUUCCAAGGAAAAACUUUACUGACACUCAUAAACAAAUAGAAUCUUCUAAUAGUCUACAGAUUUUUGAAACAAGAUUAAACAACCUGACAGCACAGUUACAGUUUGUAAAUGAGAGGUUCAAUAAUUUAAAAGAUAAACGUUUAAACAUGACUGAACAAAAUACGGAAAAGGAACAAAACACCAAUUCGCUAAUCUGGACCAAAGAAAUGUGUAAAAGAACACAUAACUUCAAGUUAACAAGUAGACAGCUUGUUCAGCUAAACCAAUCAAAGUUAACAUUCUGUGACACGAAAACGGACGAUGGCGGCUGGAUUUUAAUACAGCGCCGUGUUGUGGGCGAUGUAAACUUCAUCAGAGGAUGGGACGACUACAAACAUGGGUUUGGAUCAACGGCAGGAGAUUUCUGGCUUGGGAAUGACUGGAUCUCAUGGCUAACUGGGAUGGGUUACACUGAGUUGAGGGUCGAUUUAGACAUUGGAAAUACAAGACAAUAUGCAGAGUAUAUCAAUUUUACAGUUGACAACGAAGCGGCCAAAUACAAGAUGAACUUGUCGUCAUUUAGGGGAAACGCUACAGACCGUUUAAGUCACCACAAUGGUAUGAAGUUCACCACUAUAGAUAGCGAUAACGAUGAAAACAGUGGUAACUGUGCUCAGUUAUACAAGGGUGCGUGGUGGUAUAAAAGCUGUCAUAGUUCCAAUCUAAAUGGAUUAUGGAACGUUUCUGGAAAUACAGGGAUUUUUUGGAAUGGAGAUGUCAAGUUUGUGGAAAUCAAACUACGUAAAAUAUAAUCAUUGAUCAAUAUCGAGCAUUACUAGAAUUAAUGAGUUUCAUAAUCAUACUUAAAUUACAUGUAGAAUAUUGACUUUUUAAAGGAUGUUUUUGUUAGAAAUAUAUUGUGAUCUAAAUGUGUCGUUGAAGAGUAGAGAAAAUGAUAUUAACCCCAAUGUUUCGAGUUCGGACUCCGGGAUUAUUGCCUUGGAACAUCACAGUGUAUCCUCAGCUCUAAUAAGUACAUGAUUUACUUUAUGUAUGAUAGUGCUUACAAUAGUAUCAUUUCAUAUGAAGACGUCAAAUAAACAGGCUGAAUUUACAUCAUCUACCUUAUGUAUAGUAAUGUCUGAGAAGGCAGCUUUACUUACGUUAAUAAUUACAAAAAGGCAAUAUUCUUUUUUUUU